AUUGUAUAAUCAAUUGCAACAAUAUUAUGACGGUUUUACGAUAUUCUGUGCGUUUUAGGUAUUGCUGACUUAAUGCAAACAUUGGUGUAACGACUUCCGACAGCGUGCUCAGACAAACGUAUAGGCAACAGAGACGUGCCAGUUUGCCUAGUCGGACAUAGUUUCGUCACAACGACUGUUUCGUCUAGACAUCGUUGUGUUUAAGUUUCUAUACUGUUCAGAGGUUCUUUAUUUCUAUUGUUUGAUUAUUUGGUCGUUUGUUUCAAACGCUUCGAUACUUAGUCGCUUGAACUAAUUUUGAGUCCAGAUCCUAAGUCACUGUUCAGGUAUAUAUGUACCUUAGAGCUUGUGGCGCUUCUAGUCAGUCAGGUUAUAGCUUUUCUGUGGCGGAAAACGAUGAUAUCAAUUGAACUGAAAUACAUCACGCUGGCAUGUGUGCUGGCUGCUACUGUAACUGCAGGGUCGCACUGCCACAACGACUACUACCAGCUUAAGAGUGUCUCCCAAGCGCAAGAGGAGUGUGCCCGUUACCGGGGCAUUCCGUGUGCCCGGCUAGCGGUCUACAACAAGUAUAUCUACCCAAACGAUACCCAGACGCAAUGCAUGGUACGUUGUAUGGGCCUCAACCUUGGCUGGUGGAAUGACACGCACGGAGUACAGGAACCGGCAAUGCGGAGCUUCUUCCAUCCGGACCCGGACGACUGCGACUACGAGCGCCGUACCUACCAUUGUCUUAAUUCUCAACGUCUCAAUCACCCAUCACCGCACGUCGAUGUUUGCGAACGUGCGUACGAAUCCUUCCGGUGUUACUAUGAGCAGUACGGCAACAUCGUCGUAACGCCGCAGUUCGUCCCACUGAGUGAUCUACAGCAGGUAGAUGUAUUGUUGCAGUGUGCCAAUAUGCUACCAUUAACCGUCGGAAGAUCAUGCGCUGGCGGUAGUAAACCGUCGAAGCGUGAUGUCGAUUGUUUAGCGCGCUGUUUUCUACUGAGAAGCGGAUUGUACAGUGAGCAACAUGGACCACAUUUGGACCGUCUGUACGUGCAGUGUAACAAUUACGCGAACGAGACUCGUUUUCGUGAAACCACCGGUACCUGCUACCGGCGGCUGAAGUCGGAAUGUCAGGACGAAUGUGUUCUAGCGGGUCGGUUUUUGCGGGAAUGUUUCUAUGAAGGAGGAAUAUCAAUAGUUAACUCACUCCCCGCAUCGGAAGCAUCUGUAGAAUCGGCAGGUUCUUUGGGUUCGGGACAAGGAUCUGCCGAAUUGGGAGAAUCUCAUCAAGAGAAAGUUCUGCAGACAUGGAAGGAUUUGUACGACCGAGAAAACCUUCAGGAUCUUUGGGAUCGGCAGGAACUUUAGGAUUGGUCGGAUCUACAGGAACGGAACAAGGAUCUGUAGGAACUGGAGAAACUUUAGGAUUGCCAGGUUCUUUAGGAUCGGGAGA